UUGCCUGUUUUACGAAAUUGUGUCUUCUGCUAUUUUGAUUGUGUUCCGCGUUAUUUGCAAUAGCAGACAACCCAAGCAGUUAAAUUUCACAUGUGAUCUCCAUUGUCGACCAAAAUGUCUAAAAAUUGCAGUUCAAGUAAAAGUAACGAAACUGGGCAUCAAAUUAAUGUAGACAGCAACUCGACGGAUGUUGGAAACCUUGCUAGAGGAUUUGAAAGAACAGUCGUCGUUUCAAAUGCAUCAUCGAUUCGUUUCCGAUUUCCCAUUACAAACCAGGUGCGUCCAGUGGGUCCAAUUCCAAGAAACUCAUCAUGGCAGUUGAUGAAUGACCAAGCCAUUCGUAACUCUACUACUAACCCCAACAUUAACUCAACACUUCUUCUAAAUAAUUACAAACCUGUAAAGCUAGUGCGUGUUGUUACACCAGGGAACACAUUGAGGUUAGGACAAACGCCCAACAUUCGACUAACGCAAAUUAGAGUAACAAACCCCAACGUGCAGCUCAAGCAACCACAACAAAAUAAGUCAUAUGCCUCUGCUGGACCAAUUGUUCUUUUCCGAGGGGAAAGUCGUGGCGAUCAUCGCCCAAUCGUCGACAUAGAUGCCCCAGAAGGAAUAGUAAAUUAUUUAGAUAGCGAUACUGACAAAACCCAUGUGAAUGAAAGUGGUCCUUCUACAUCAAACAGCAGCGAGUCGCUGAAGGGCAAGACGAAGACAAGAAACAGAUGGACAGAACCAGCUACGAAGAAAAUGUUGGAAGUUUACGAGGAUUUAAAAAAAACCGGAACUGUCGAAACCUCACAAAAGGAUGGCCUUGUGGACUGCGGUAUAAACAACUCAAAAAUUAUUGUUUUUCUUUUUUUUUACAUGUUCGAAAUAUUUUACAUUGCGGAACAAUUGGCCGACGACGGUUUUUCGUUUUCUGCAGCUCAAUGUAUGGACAAAUUCAGUAAACUUCAAGGGCAAUACCGCUCUCGUUUGGACUUCAAGGGGAAAAACCUCGACCCAUGGGUACAUCAUGCUACUUUGCAACGGAUUGAAGGAAACAAAGCUGAAAACAGCAGUGCUUUCGUCCGGGAAACUGGGACCAAACGAAAAGAAGAGGCUGAUUAUCCAACCUCUGAUUUAGAUGAAGAAGACGAGUGCGGGUUAUCGAACUCAAAGAGACGGAAGACGCAGGUUCCAAAGAAAAAUGCUGAUUUUUUGAAAGAACUUAUUAAGAGGGAGAAGGAAGAAGCUGAAGAAAGAAGAAAUAGGUAUGAAGAACAAAAGAUAAGGGAUGAUGCUGUUGCCGAACAUAUGAAGACAAUUGCUGAACAAAGUUCAAAGAGAACUGAGCUUCAAAAGUCCUCAACCGAAGCCUUGCGCCUACUUUCCGCUGCCCUUGUUCAGCACUUGACUCAACAGAAACCUGCUUUAUUUUUCAAUAUGAAUAAUUUUUAUUUAAUUCCAUGUCAUGCUGCCAUCAGAAAUCAAAGUAGAGGAAAUCCUGCAGUACAAACCUUUUCUGUCACCCUUUUCAAUAAGACCAUCAAUUAAUUUACU